AUGCCGGACAUCGCCAAGUCGGACAUCAACUCCAACCUGGACCGCGACAAGAUGUUCUCGGAGCUCUGGUGGCUGAACUACUGCUUCUGCGAGGGCGUGGGCAUCGGCGCAGUGGGGAAUCCCUUCUUUGGCGGCGAGGCGGUGAACAUUUGCCUGCACUCCAAGUGUGAGAUGACCGAUGUGGGGGACCCCUUCUGCUCCUCCAUGCGCGUGUGCCUGUGCAUCACCGACCAGUGCGCCCUCCCGCCGGCCAAAGGCUCCCCGAUCUGUGUGUGCUUCAACAAGAAGCUGGCAGGAGACGACGGCUGGAGCGGGCAGCAGCUCUUCGAUUGGUCCACGGGCUUCGGCGACACCUUCUGGGUCUACUACAUCUUCUGCCUGGGCUGCGGCGUGACCGCGCCUUCGGCCAACGGCCGCCCGUUGUUCGCCGUGCAGUUCAAGGAGUUGUGCAUCAAGGGAGGCACAAAGUUGGCGACUCCUAUGGAAGGCGGCAAGCUUUGCUCCGCAGUGAGUACGCGCUUGUGCCUUUGGGACCAGUGUGCGAUGCCGCCGGCUGAAGGAUCACCAAUGUUCGUGUGCUUCAACUUCCUGAACCCCAAGACCGGCGCCAAGCCUUUGGGCUACGGAGCAUAA